UCAUUGCUUUCUUUCUCUUCUUCCCUGUCGUAUUCUUUCCCUCCUCCCCGUUCUCGCCGCAUGUAUUCGGUGCAUAAAUUGCCGUCGCCACGAGCUGGCAACGAGCUCCCACGGUGGCGAGGGGAGCGCCAUGGCGAUAUUCGGUUCCGGCUCCGCAGAAGACCCGCUUCCGGAGUCGGCGGCGAAGAGGAGGGCGGUACGGCGGUUCAAUAUUUCGGAGCGCGUUAUAGUGCCGUGGCUCUUCGUGGCGAGCCUAGUCCUAGUACUCGUCGUGGCUCUGCGUGCCCGGCGCUCGGUCUAUUACUACGAGCUCUUGUGGCAGAACGCAGCGAAGGCGGCGGGACGCGGAGGGGAGUGCGAUUGGUUCGAGGGGGAGUGGGUGCGGGACGAGACGUACCCGCUGUACGAGUCGGCGGCCUGCUCGUUCCUGGACCAAGGAUUCCGAUGCGCCGAGAACCGGAGGCCCGACCAGUUGUACACCAAGUGGCGGUGGCAGCCCGCUCGCUGCAAUCUUCCCAGAUUUGAUUCCAAGAAGAUGUUGGAGAAGCUAAGGAACAGAAGGUUGGUUUUUGUAGGGGAUUCGAUUGGAAGGAAUCAGUGGGAGUCUCUCCUCUGCAUGCUCUCUACAUCUCUUACAAACAAGAGCUCAAUCUAUGAAGUAAAUGGCAACCCGAUUACAAAGCAUAUGGGUUUCCUGGUGUUUAAAUUUGAGGAGUACAAUUGCACUGUUGAAUACUACAGAUCACCAUUUCUAGUACCUCAGGUUCGCGCUCCAGCUGGUGUGCCUAAAGAUGUGAAGACGACUCUAAGAUUGGACAUGUUGGAUUGGACAUCAAAUAGUUGGAAGAGUGCCAAUAUCCUUGUCUUCAACACUGGCCACUGGUGGAACUACGAGAAGACCAUAAGAGGGGGUUGUUAUUUUCAAGAAGGAAAUCAGGUGGCAAUAGAGAUGAGUGUGGAUGAGGCUUAUCAGAGAGCAAUGCAAACGUUGUUCCAGUGGAUUCAUAAGGAAGUCAACAGAAGUAAGACACAAGUUAUCUUUCGAACAUAUGCUCCUCCUCAUUUCAGAGGUGGUAACUGGAGAACAGGUGGGGCUUGUCACUUAGAGACACUGCCAGAUUUAGGGCCUCAGAUAUCCCUGAAACCCUGGUCACAAUUCCUGAAACCAUUUAGGAAUGUGGCAUCAAAGAAUUCUACAACAACAACACUAGAACUCGAUCUAUUGAAUGUGACCGAGAUGACAAGCCGAAGGAAAGAUGGACAUUUAUCUUUAUACUAUCUUGGCCCCUCACGCCUAUCUCCUGUGCAAAAGCAAGACUGCAGCCACUGGUGUUUACCUGGGGUUCCAGAUGCAUGGAAUGAGCUACUCUAUGCACUUUUCAUGCGAUGGGAAUCCAUGCGGCACCACAAUGUGAUUAUUGAGGACAACAUAGGGAUAAAGCCGAGCUCGUAAAAUAAGCAAAUUAAUUAUCUUUUGCAGACUAAAUGAAGGCCUGAUUGCGAUCAGUGAAACUUGCUGCAAGCUCAGGUGCAGAAGUUUGAAGAAGCUUGUCGAUGUUCUUCUGCAAAGACUGGGAAUAGAAGAAACAAGGGGGAUAUCACUAUUACUUGUAAAUAGACAAUAGUUAUUUAUCAUUUAGAGAAAAGGUGGUUGUUUCCAGAGGCUCAGAAAUGGUACAUCAUAGAUUCUUGGAUGAUGAUGAGCUUGAUAAUACUCAAAUUAUAUUGUCUUGAGAGAGUUUUUCUUCGAAAAUUUAUAUACACGAACUCGAAAGGGUGCACAUAUGUAUUCUUUGACAUUAAUUUUGAUACUGGUCUCCAAGAAACAUUU